AUGGUUGGAAUAAAAGAAAAGGAAGACAGCAGUGCUUGGCGAAGCGAGUUGAGAUUUCUCAGUCAGUCUUCUCUUACAAACCGUGAAGCAGUGAAGCACCUCCGCUCUCUCUCCUACGAUCCGGUACUUCGCAUUGAGCUCACCGGUACCGUUGAUUUCAGCUCGGAGUGGCUCAAGAAGGCGCCAGGACAAAAACUGAAGCCAAAAAACAUAGCUCGUUUUGAUGAGCUGAUCGCCGACUGGAACAAGGUUCCCUACCACAUAGGGAAACUCACUUCCCCUGCCGAGCUCCACCCGUAUUAUGGCCUGACCUAUAAGCAGGUGCUUCGAGGGCCCUUGAGCAGGCAGGAAAGCGGGAGCACGAACAAGCUUGACGAGGCUUCUCUGAAAGCCAACUUGCCCGAUCCUAAUGGGUGGUCGAGCAACCCUGAGAUGCCCAUGGAUAUCCUUUGGUGGGAGUCAGCUCUUCAGGCUACCCUGCAGAAGCUCGAGCUCGGAAGUGAUGUUGAUGUUGCUGAGGAGGAUGAGGGUAGUCCCGGCAAGGAGGGCGAGGGUCAAGGGGAGCAAAGUGAGACUCAAAGAACGAAGCGGAAGACCGGGUUUCAUGACUCGAUUGUAUGUCGAAUUCGUGUUAAUUCUGCCGAAAAGGGCCAAGAUGAGCAAUCUGCUUCCCCAAGAUAUGUUUUCCCUAGUUAG